AUGUCUGCCUCCUCGAGCCAAGAAGAAACUGUUCAACUUAGGCUGACGGGCCUGGCUGAUGUCAAGUAUCUGCUCGACUUCUGUGGCAUGCUUGUCAGUGACUUUCCAUAUGGCAAAUGUCUCGAGCUCGAUCUUCUGGUAAACCCAGGAUGGGAUACCGCUCAGGUACUUGUUGCAGAGUUCCAGAUCACCAUACCCAGAAUGGUCUGCCAGACCCUUGAACAGUGCAGAAAAUCCCGCAGCAGUGUGUUUUUCUCACAUAGACUUGUCACUGCAGAGCUUGGAGGAGGAGGAGUUUCAAUGUUUCCUUAUCAGGAGGAGACACUGGAGAGGACAUUAUCGGUGGCAGGGGGGAUAGAGAAUGGCCCGGGGAUGGAGGUGGUGGUUGUGGCUGUCCACCGGGCGGACUUUGGGGGGAAUGAGUGCAUGAGCGGCCUCGCAGCGGCGAUGACGCUGGAGAUGCUGGAGGAAGCCUGGUGGGGGGGUGACAUAUGUUAG